AUUGAUGAUAUUUUGGAAUAGAUUAAUGUCAUGGAUACCUGCUAUAAUUCUACUAGGCAUCUUAAUAUUCAUAUAUAGUAUAUAUUUUAUGGUAAUUUCCAUCCUUAAUUAUACUAGUACAACAUUCAACCUAAUUUCGAUGGAUUCAAUUUAGGAAUAGUAAUAUAACACUUUAUGAUAUUAAUGUUCCUUAUAUCAAUGCUUCGUGCAAUGCUUUUAGAACCAGGAGCUAUAUGUCAAGUAAUUUUAUGUAACAAUAUUGAGGAACUUAUUGAUGAAACAUGGAGAUAAUGGGAUGAAUAUUAAUAAUAAGAGAAAGAGAGGAUGACUGAAUAAAGACAAAGGAGAAGUCAAAGAUCAGUAAAAACUUUUAAAACAGAAAAUGAUGAAGAUAGAAGUGUAGUAAAUAUGGAUGCAGAUGAAAAUUUAGAUGAUGAUUAUAAUGUCAAAAAGGAUAUUAAUCAAAAAGGUAUGGAAAAGAGAUUCUGUAAAAAAUGUUGUAUUCCAAAACCUUUAAGAACACAUCAUUGUUCUUAAUGUAGAUGUUGUUGGUAAAGAAUGGACCAUCAUUGCUAAUGGAUCAAUAAUUGUGUAGCCAAAGACAAUUAUAAGAUAUUCAUUUGCAUGAUCUUUUAUGCUAGUAAUUUUCCAUUAUUUUAACAGUAGAGGCUGUCUUUUGGUUUGGGUGUCAAUUUCUUAAUAUAAAGUAUUCCUAAAUGUGAUUGAAACUGAUAUGCCAGAUCUUAUACUAUUUUUAAUUGUGCUCCAUUAUUAUUUCAUUCUUUUGAUUGCAGUCCUUAUAACCGGCUUUUUCAUAUUCCACUUGUAUUUGAUAUCCCAGAACAAGACUACUUUGGAAUAGUUGGAGGACAAACCAGAUGUACUACUUAAUCAUUAUUUUAGAGAUUAAAAUAUAAUUAAGGAGUAUGGUAAAAUUUCAAGUCCAUAAUGGGUUCAAAUAUUCUAUUAUGGUUUUUACCAAUCAAAUGA